AUGACAGUUCCUCCAGGCAUUCUCCAGGACAUUGCGACAUGGAUACAUGAGCAGCAAGAGUUUGAGGCAAAGCAUGGCAAGCCUGCGCCAAUCCACGCCUCCAUCAGGGAUGCCCUCUGCGAGCUCCACGCUCUGCUGAAGCCCGACGCCAUUAUCCCUCCAGGAGCUGAUCUGGGCAAUACCGACUGGAUCAGUCUACUAUUCCGCUACAAACAAGCAAGACAUCCCUUGACCUCGUCGGCCAUGGUCUUUACAGACGAGGCCACGCAAGACUUGACGCACCUGCAGCGCUGGAUGAGCCAUGUGACGCUGGAAGAGCACAGCGAGCCCUUUCCCACCGCAGUGAACGCCGGCGGCACAUUGCUCCCUCCGUCAUUCGGCCGCAAAAAGGAUGCGCGACAGUACGCGGCCAAGUGCGCCGUGUCCUGGCUCCUGGACCAGCGGCGCAUGCCGGCGGCGUGGCUGAUGGACCAACGGAUCGCGUCUGCUGCUGCUCCUCCACCCGUGACCUCGUCGCCGCAAGCAGCCAAGCAGAGCACUGCCCAGGUACCGCCGACCAAGAAGCAAAAGACGGCGACGGAGCCCUCGACAUCUUCAUCAGAUCACACCACUCCAGCACCACCCGCAGAGUCGACAGCAGACACACCCUUGGACCCCUCACCAGCACCAGUCCCUACAUCAACACCAGCCAUAAUACCAGCCAGCAGCAGCAGCGCCUUUGGCGCCGGCGAGCCCUCGGUCCUCCAAGAAGUCAACGAGACGUGCAAAAAGCUCAUGAUACAGCCCCCGGCAUACAAGAUCACGGCCGACGAGGGGGACCCCGACUUCUUUUCGGGCCACGCCGAGUUCAGCGGCGCCGGCGCGCUCCUCAGACUGCCGCCCGACGUUGGCCGCGUCGAGCACGUCUACGGCGGCAAGGCCUAUGCCCGCGAGGCUAUUGCCGGUCGUGUACUUGAGGAGUUGCGCAAGGUACUGGACGAACGCUUGAGAAUGUACCGGGAGAUAUUUGCAAAACUUGGUGAGUCGUGA